UCACAUAUCUUUGACAUUGACAUUUCGGUCCAUCUCGACCUCCAUUCAUCCUUCAUACUAGUACAUCGAAGAUUUUAACUCCAUUUUCAACGAAACUAACUGUAAAACGCUCUUUAUAGAGCUUCAGAAGCAAUUAAACUAGGUGUAUAUUAAAUCUACAAAACUUCAAGGUGAAAAUGGCGUUGAAAUCUACACCGGUGCUGUUCGGUUUAUUAACUCGCUUGUCUCGUCGUACCUUUUCAACUUCAAAUGCCUUGGCUUCGAAGCCAGUGACUGUUCGUGAUGCCCUGAAUCAAGCCUUGGACGAGGAAAUGACACGGGAUGAAACAGUGUUCCUUUUAGGUGAAGAAGUCGCACAAUAUGACGGUGCCUACAAAGUUAGCAGAGGGCUAUGGAAGAAAUAUGGAGACAAGCGUGUAAUUGACACACCAAUUACAGAGGCAGGCUUUGCGGGUAUUGCGGUUGGUGCUGCAUUCGCUGGACUCAGGCCUGUCUGUGAAUUCAUGACUUUCAACUUUUCCAUGCAAGCAAUCGAUCAUGUGAUAAACUCAGCGGCGAAGACAUUCUACAUGUCUGCGGGCGCGGUGCCGGUGCCGGUGGUGUUCCGCGGGCCCAACGGCGCGGCGGCGGGCGUGGCGGCGCAGCACUCGCAGUGCUUCGGCGCCUGGUACAGCCACUGCCCCGGCCUCAAGGUCCUCAUGCCCUACUCCUCGGAGGAUGCUAAAGGUCUGCUGAAGGCUGCGAUCAGAGACCCGGACCCGGUGGUGUUCCUGGAGGACGAGAUCCUGUACGGCGUGCCCUUCCCCAUGAGUGACGAGGCGCUGGCGGACGACUUCGUGCUGCCCAUCGGCAAGGCCAAGCUGGAGCGCGCGGGGCGGCACCUCACGCUGGUGUGCGCCGGCCGCGCCACCGACACCGCGCUGCAGGCUGCCACCCAGCUCGCCGGAGAAGGUGUCGAGUGCGAGGUGCUGAACCUGCGCUCGCUGCGGCCGCUGGACUUCGACAGCAUCGCGCAGUCGCUCGCCAAGACGCACCACCUCGUCACCGUGGAGCAGGGCUGGCCGCAGUCCGGUAUCGGCGCGGAGAUCUGCGCGCGCGUGAUGGAGUCGCCGGCGUUCUUCGAGCUGGACGCGCCGGCGUGGCGCGUGUCGGGCGCCGACGUGCCCAUGCCGUACGCGCGCUCGCUGGAGGCGCUGGCGCUGCCCACCCCCGCCGACGUGGUCGCGGCGGCGCGCGCCGUGCUCGCCAACAGGAUAACUCAGGGUGCUCAGCAGUGAACUAGUGAAUUGUUAGUGAGAUAGCGCGGGGUACUUCAUUAUUUGUAAAUAUUUAUUUUAUCCUGUAUAAUUUAUUCCCGGUCGUCGGCCGCCAUUGCAGAAUCAAAUCAAUGUAUAUGUAAAUGAAAGCAUUUUGUUGAAAUAAAUCUAUUAGGAGUUAA